ACCAGAGCGACCGAUGACUGACUCGAUGUCACCUCAGCAUAGGAGGACCUCUAAACCUUGUGGACAUGGUUUACUCACCGCUCGAUGGGCUGGAAGUUGCAGCAGACUGCGGGAAGUGUUUCAGCUCGGCGUACUAACGGAAAACUUCAGUUCUUAACUGAGGUAUUAAAUAAAUCGUAUUGUUUGAUCUUUGCAUCCAUGUGCAUGAAAUGAACACACCGAUAUUGGAAAGCGUAGCAGGGAUUAUUUCAAUUAGGGGAGCGAGCGGCUCAAGACGGAGCGGCAGCGCAGAGGAAGCGCACGGAAAACGCGCACGUGUGGCGCUUUGAUUCAUAUUGCCGUCUCUGCUCGCUGAUAUGGUUUGAUCACUGCUCUUCAAUCUGAGGAUACAGGCUGGAGGAUUCUGCAUCUGAUCAGCACAGUUAGGGUAAAGAUGCAGCGGAGGGCAGUGUCGUGUCUGUGGCUGCUGAGCCUCACCGUGGUGUCGGUGUCAGUCCGCGGAUUUCCCACGCACUUCAAGAGGACUUCAGCCAGAGACAGAAACGCCACAGCGUCUGUUACUGAGGUGAUAGCAGAGACGAGUCCUGGCGACGAUCGUCAGACCCUCCAGGAGCUUCAGCAGGAGAACCUUCUGCAGACUCUGCCAUCUGGUCCAUCUCUCCCCAAGUCCAGACAACGCUGGUCCCAGCACCAUCACCAGGGUGUCCUCCCCCCACCUGAACCUGAGGAAGACCCUGAGCUUUUCAUCCUGGACCUGAGGAACUUCCCAGAGCUGGCUAAUGCAGACAUGGGCUCACAGAAUCCCAACAUCCAGGUGACCAUCGAGGUGGUAGAUGACAUACAGACUGAGACGGAGGUGGAGAUGGACCUGGUCAAGGAGGGUCAGCGUAAUGACUGGUCAGUGUCAUCUUCAGAAUGGGCCAACAGCCACAAGAAGCUGUUCUGGCCAUUGUUUUGGGAGUACCCGGAGCAGGUGGAGAAUGGGUUGGAAAGAACCAGUUUGGAGGAACAAUCUGAGGACUACAACUACGACCCAGAGGAGCCCGUUCUGAGUGGAGUCGGAGACUGGGGUGGUCACUGGAACAAAGACUGGGAUGCAAAGGAUAACUACGAGUAUGAGGAGGAGUGGAGCGACUGGGCUCCCUGCAGUGUGAGCUGUGGAUAUGGCACCCAGAAACGCACCCGUUCCUGUGGCUACGCAUGCACAGCGACUGAGUCACGCACGUGUGACCUGGAGAGCUGUGCCGACACUGUGAUUUCAGUGACCGACCUGACACCCAUCCAGACGACCAACAGCACAGACUCCCUGGACACAAAUGUGGACAGCUGUGAGAAGUGGCUAAGCUGCAAGAAUGACUUCCUCCAGAAGUACCUGCACCAGGUGCUCACAGAGCUUCCCAGCUGCCCAUGCUCCUACCCCUCUGAGGCCGUUUACAGCGCCGUCAACAUCCAGGACGGCAAACUUCGCAAGACCUAUCGAUGGAGGGACGCGAGCGGACCCAAAGAACGCCUGGACAUCUACAAACCUUCAGCCAGAUUCUGCAUCCGCUCGAUGCUGUCAUAUGACAGCACAACGCUGGCAGCACAGCACUGCUGCUACGACGAUCAGAUGAGACUGAUAACACGAGGGAAAGGAGCAGGGGCGCCAAAUUUGAUCAGUACUGAGUUCUCACCAGAGCUGCAUUACAAGGUGGAUGUACUACCCUGGAUCCUGUGCAAGGGUGACUGGAGUCGGUUUCACUCAGUAAGGCCACCCAACAAUGGGCUGGACUGUUCUGAUAACCCCCCAGAACAAGUGUUUCAGGUGGAACUUAAAGAAGCCAGGGAGUACUGA